GAAUAAACGGCGGCGUCAUUUUCUACAUUCCAACGGGGCGGAAGCGGCGGCGGCGAAACCUCUCCCCCCUAAUGCCAGGGUGUUUAGCGAAACGUUGUAACGAAAGGUUACAUCUUUGAGAGGAUGCAAUUCCUAGUGGCUGCUGACCCUACUGCCCAAAGUUAUUGGCUGAGUUGGAGGGCUUUGCUCUGCGAAGCGUCGGUACUUUUUUCCAUAGUUUUAUCAUUGUUCCUGAUAUGGAGAUACGAAUGUAUAGCUAGGGACAAAUCCGGGUCCGAUGAAGGGGAGAAGCGGAAAGACAAGUCUUGGAGUAUAUGGUUUGAUGAGUCUUGGAGACCGUCUGUGAAAGAAUUGCACCCAGUUGUUUUGGCGGUAUUCCGGUUAGUCGCAUUCAUUUUACUAGCUGCAGCACUCACUGCUGAUGCCAUUGUCCAUGGUGGUGACCUUUUUCUCUAUUACACUCAGUGGACAUUUAUGUUGGUUACCAUUUACUUCCUGUUUGGAUCAUUGCUUUCUAUUUACGGAUGCUACCAGUACUAUAAAACAACCAAGGUUGACUGUACAUCUAUGGAUGAGGAGAAAAGUUUGCAUUUGGCUCUCUCUCAUACACAAUAUCUGCAAGGGGUGAAUACAGGGGACAAUCGUGUCUUCCGGCGAGUACUUAGUGUUCCAAAAAGUGUGGGGCUUUUUGGUUACUUGUUUCAAAUUUUAUUUCAGAUGACUGCUGGAUCGGUGAUGCUAACCGACUGUUUGUACUGGACCGUCAUUUUCCCAUUUCUUUCUAUCAAAGAUUAUGACUUGAGCUUUGUAAGUCUUUGCGAUUUUUUUGUUGUUUUUCUCUACAGCUUCAGGAGUUAAAUGCUUGUAAAUUAUACCUGUUGGGAAAAUCACCUCAAUUUUCUAGCGGAAGCAAUAAAUAAUUUUCCCGUCUUUGUGUUGUCAAAAUGGGCAAAAUCAUAUGACCAAUCAAGAAUAGCAAAAACAACGACAAGCAAUCAAUCAAGCGAUAAACGAACACCAAGAUUUAACGUGGAAACCCCAAAUCGGGGAGAAAACCACGAAGCCUUCCACUAAUCACCAAGAAAAUCAGUGGGUACACCAAGAAUCUUCUCUAAAUCAAUUAGAGGUACACUCAAUCAUCAAGUAAUAACUUGGAACACCAAACAACAAUAAUCUUCACUAAAGAGUGAGAAAUCCC